AUGGCUGUCCAAAAAGCCAGCAUCGAAAUCUCUUCCAUUGCAUCACUCGUGAUACUACGUAGUAUCGACGAUAAGAUCUUGCAGGAGGUUUCCAAAGCAAUGGCACCUUCGGUCGAACAAUUCUCAAGCACAUCGUGGAGGCCGAGAUUAUUCGACAACAAGGUGUUAUUCUGUACCGGCGGGUCCGGGAGCAUCUGCUCGGGCCAAGUGCGAGCUCUUGUCGCGCUGGGCGCCAACGCCUGCAUCGUCGGGCGUAAUCACGACAAGGCCAAAAACGUUGCCGCUGACAUUGCACUCGUGCGGCCUGGUAGCAUCGUGCUGGGUCUCGGAGGGGUGGAUGUGAGGAAUCAUGAAAGUGUCAAGGAGGCGGUUGAGACUUGCGUGCAACGCUUGGGGGGCAUUGAUUUUGUCAUAGCUGGAGCAGCAGGUAACUUUGUCUCGACCAUCGACGACCUAUCAGCGAACGCGUUCAAGGCAGUGGUCGACAUUGACCUCGUGGGCUCUUUCAUAACGGCAAAGUUGACUCUGCCGCGCCUCGUCGCUUCCGCAGAACGGGCAAGGACAAACAAGGAUUUGGACUCGUCGAGCCUGACUGGCGGCCGCAUCAUUUUCGUGAGCUCAACAAACUACCAGUGUGCUCGAAUCGCACAGGCCCACGUCUGCGCGGCCAAGGCCGGCGUCAAUGCCCUCUCGGACUGCAUCUCUCUCGAGUACGGGCCGAGAGGAGUCACGUCCAAUGUGAUAGCGCCGGGCCUGAUUGACGACACCGAGGGCGCCAGGCGCUUGACGGACCCGACUCUCCGAAACGACCUUAUCAGGAGCGUCCCCGUGCAGCGGCUGGGGUUGAUCAAGGACAUUUCAGACGCCACUAUCUUCCUGUUUGCCGAUACUGGAAGUUUUGUCAAUGGCGCGACCAUCGACGUCGACGGUGGCGCCUGGCGCAUCAGGGCUGCGGGCGCAGGCCCCAACUACCCAAGCUUGCCCUCUCGAGCGCACCAAGUGAAACUUGGCCGGGGCUCGAGGUUGUAG